AGAGACAUGGGAGUGUAAAAUGAAACCUCCUGUGUUUAGCUCUCCACUUCCUUUUACACUCUUAGAACACACAUUUUUUUCUCUUCUGGGAAGUUGCAAGUACCAAGUGUCACUAUGAAGAUCCAGCAUGGUGGUGUCUGCCUUAUUGAGCAAGUUGGUUUAAAGAAAACACGGCUUUACGUUUAUAUGCACAUUAUUCUGUUUUAAAUGGAUAAUCCAAAUCAACCAUGGAAUUGCCCAGAUCAAGUAAACCAGUUACAAAAUAUUGUAAUUUUUUGUUUUGCAGUUUGUACAAAAUGAAAACUUAAAAUAAAGGAUGAGCUUUACAAAAUGGAAUUUUCUAAUGACUGUAUUUGGGAUUUUUACCUUUCUGUUUGACAUCGGAGCUGAUAUUUGGAUUGCCAUUAAAUAUUUUCAACAAGGACAUCAUCUUUUUAGUUUUUUAACAGUUUUUUUUAUCCUUGUUUCGACGACAAUAGUUCAGGUGUUUAGCUAUACAUGGUUUAAAGAUGACUGUGAAGAUAAGGGAAAAAGGAGGUUGAGAUGGAUCCUUCUUGUACAUAUAUUUCUAUCAGGGAUCUUUCUAAGAUACUGGUAUUCACUGAAGUAUGGAUAUCAAGCAACAUUAUCUGAAGCCAAACAACAAAAUCCUUCCGACACCAAGAAGAAAGCAGUAGAUGCCAUGACAGAUAUGAGUAUGCUGCGCUGUUUUAAGACCUACCUUGAGAGUGCUCCCCAACUUAUUCUACAGUUGUUCAUCCUGCUGGAACACGGGCAGAUAAGUGUAAUUCAGUAUGCGUCUAUCUUGGUGUCUGUGUCCAGUAUCUCAUGGUCUACAGUUGACUACCAGAUGUCACUACGGAAAUCUCUACCAGGAAAGAAAGCAAUUAGCGUGGGUCUACCUGCAAUCACUUUUGUACUGUACAAACUUUUCACAUUAACCUCCUGGAUAUUAAGUAUUGUCUUUCUUCUAGCCUGCAAUCCCUACAUUUUUAUUAUUGUUAUUAUCAUCCUGGGGCUAGCAGGAUUUUGCUGGAUUUGGAAGCAACACACUGACUUCUGUACAACAAAAAGCAUGGAAGUUCUGUAUAGAAUUGUAGUAGGAUCUAUACUUAUUUUUACCUUCUUCAAUGUUAAAGGGCAAAGAACUAGAGUUGCCGUUUCAGUGUAUUAUUUUGUGAGGGUGCUUACUACCAUAGGGAUUCUUAUUUUAUGCUUCUCCAUCAAACCUCACUUUACUCAGACCUUUCUUUUUGCUAUAUUAAGUGUUUCUGUAGUUUUUACUUUGGGAUUAGGAAUAAUUUCCUUAAUCCUUUAUUAUGUGUGUUUUCAUCCAACCCUUUGCAGCAAAGAUCAGGAUAGAAUUGAUGGUCCCACGGCGGAACUAGCAGGGAGAAUUAGAUCUUUUAUAAUUCUUUAGUAUAUUUUCUUGUAUUUAGUCAUGUUUCUGAUGCAUUUGGUGCACUGUAUGAAAUUAUGAUUUAUUUAUUCCUGAAAAAAAUUCUACUUUGCCAUCAUUAUGGGCCUUUCCAGAAGAAAAGGAAUUAUUAAUUGAAACACACUUUAACC